GCUACUUCAGCUUAAAUAAAAAACGACUUAUCACAGAUUUCCUAGGAUUUGUAGAAGUAGAAAAGGCGACUGGUAAAAUUCUUUUCGACAAAACAAUUGAGUACUUGAAAGAAAUAAAAUUAAACGUUGAAAACUGUAUCGGAAUUGGGAGCGAUAACGCGUCAAAUAUGAUCGGCAGUGAGAAAGGAUUUUUUCAUUAUUUUAGCGAAUUAGUACCAAGAGCGCAAUUAAUUAAGUGCACGUGUCACUCGAUACACCUGUGUGGAUCAAAAGCUGCAGAGCAACUUCCAGCUGAUCUGGAAUUUUUAGUUCGUGAAUCCCGCAAUUGGUUUUCAAAAAGCGCUUUAAGGCGUUCGCAAUACGAAGCUUUGUACACGGUAAUCAACGACGGUGAUAUGCCUAAGAAUUUAGUCCAACUUUCUGCAACCAGAUGGUUAGCUUGGGGCAGAGCCAUUGCUGUUAUCGUUUCUCAAUGGUUGGAAUUGAAAACCCACUUUGAUAAUCACGUUCGUAGUAUAAAUCCUAGCGAAAAAUGCACGAUUGGUAGAAAGCUUCGAGAUCUUUUUCAGGAUGAAUGUAACCUUUUGUAUUUAUUAUUUUUGAAACCAGUAACAGCUGAACUCUGCAAAACCAAUUUGAAAUUUCAGCAAGACUCAACAGAGGUUACUAAGCUUUUUGUAGACCUGCGAGUGCUGCUCAUUUCAUUUGUAAUAAGAAUUAUUAAGCCGGAAUAUAUCAAAAUAAACCAGAACGGUCAAUUUUUAUCAGGACAAGACUUUCAGGAUUUAAAAAGUGCGUUAGAUAGUCCCCAUGCUUACCUACCAUUGAAUGCGAUUGAUUUUGGAGCCUCGUUCGCUAUUCAUCUUGGAAGGAUUAAUCUGCCCAUGGAAAAAAUAAGAGAAGUUAAACAACGUUGUUUAAACUAUUUAUCCAUAUUAUGCAAGGAACUUGUUUAUCGUUUGCCAAACAACAUGCACCAUUUCGAAAAUAUUCGAUAUUUUACCCCAGAAGAAAGCUUGAAACCCGUAAAUAGGGUUGACUUUUUCAAGUUGCCAUUGCAAUUAGCUGAUCCUAAUGUAGACCUCGAUUUUCUCCAAACCCAAUGGGACCAACUUAUUUUAGUGGAUUUGCGAAACCAUUUCAAUGGAAAAAUUCCUGUUGAUUCAGUUGAAUUUUGGAGUGGAAUUUUUGAAUAUAGAGACUCAGCGGGGCAAACAGUUUUUACAGACCUGGCUUCUUUUGCCUUAAGAAUUCUCUGUCUGCCAUUUUCAAAUGCAUCAAUUGAACGUGUCUUCAGUAUCAUGAAUAGUGUGAAGACAAAAGCUAGAAACAAGCUUUCAAUUGUAUUAUUAAUGGCUAUUAUGAGAAUCCGAUUGAGAUUUGGGACCAUGCAGGAAUGCUGCAAUACUUUUGAACCCACUGCAAGAAUGUUUCAACUCUUUACGUCCCAAAUGUACGUUUCACUUAACGAGGCUUCUAACAGAAAUAAUAAUAAUCACGAUGAAAUUUCGUAUUUCGAAACAUUGGAGUUAUUUGCAGACGAAAAUAAUCUUUUAUAAUUGUUUAUCCAUUUAAUACAAUGUAAAAUGUAAAUUUUAAUGUGCCAAAAUUUAGU